GCUGCUGUCGCCGCCUCUCUCGACGUUUCCCGGAUGUCGCGCGACCGGCGCCACCCGUUGCUAGGCACUACGCGGAGCAGAGCUCCGGGUUGUCGCCGCCGACGCCGCAAGAUGUCUCAUUUCACAUGUGAGGAUGAAGCUGUCUUGCAAUCCAUGCUCAGACAGUUGCUGCACAGUGUAAAGGAAAAAAUUGCAGGAGCACCAUCGGUAGAAUGUGCAGAAGAGAUUCUUUUACAUUUGGAGGAAACCGACGAAAAUUUUCACAACUAUGAGUUUGUGAAAUAUCUUCGACAAUACAUAAGUAACACACUAAGCUCUGUGAUUGAAGAUGAAACUGAAAAAUGUACCUCUGCUCAAAAUCAGGGUGAGGUAUCUGGCUAUGACACUCUUGUCCAACAUGUUACCAAGAAGACUCGAGAAUCAAAAGAGUACAGAGAAAUGAUACAUUCUUUGAAGAAUGUUAUGAUGGUAGUGGUAGAAUCUCUGAUUAACAAAUUUGAAGAAGAUCAGAUGCGAAAUAAGGAGAUGCAUAGCAAAACCAAGAAAGAGCAACCUACUGGUUAUUAUACAGACAACUGCUCUGAUAGUGACUCUUCAUUUAAUCAGAGCUAUACUUUCAUGAAUCAAGAGCAGUUACAGCUACUUGUAGAAAGGCUUGACCCUGCUCAGCCUAUUGAGGUGCGUCAGGAAGCAUUGCAGACAUUGUGCUCUGCCCCUCCAUCUGAUAUACUAAAUUCUGAGAGUUGGCCUAAUUUACGGAAACAUCUAACAAUGUCUCUAUCGGAUCCUGAUUCCACGUUCAGUGACAAAAUUUUGAGAUUCUAUGCGAAGGGCUUUUCAUCAUGUCCACUUAGUAUGACAAGGGAAGUCUACACAAGUUUAGCAAAACAUUUAGAGUUGUACUUUCUUUCUAGAGAAAAUCAUGUUCAUACUAUUUCAGCUGGUAUAGAUGUAACUAAUCCAGACAUAAUUCGUUUACUUAAAAAGGUGCGUCUUUUAAAUGAAUACCAGAAAGAGGCUCCAUCUUUUUGGAUACGUCAUCCAGAAAAGUAUAUGGAGGAAAUAGUGGAGAGUACCUUAUCGCUGUUGUCAAUAAGACAUGAGCAAAACUGCCUUGUCUCUCUAGAGCUUUUGGAUCCAGUAUACUUUCUGGCUAUGCUUGAUAUCAAAGCUGUUUGGUUUAAAAAAUGGAUGCAUGCAUAUUAUAGCAGAACUGUGGUGCUUCGACUCCUUGAAAAGAAAUAUAAACUUCUGAUUAAUGCAGCUGUUCAACAGUGUAUUUAUUACUUUGAAUCAUGGGAGUCAGCAGUUGAUGGAACUUCAAGGGUUAAUGCUUUUCCCCAGCAGUAUAGCAAUAAACAGAAGACUUUCUACACAGGACAAGAAUUACAGUACAUCUAUUUUGUUCAUUCACUGUGCCUCUUAGGAAGAUUGUUGAUAUAUAAACAAGGCAGAAACUUAUUUCCUGUUCAGCUGGAAAACAGAAAAGACUUUAUAUCUGUAACAGACUUGUUGGUAUUGUUUAUUCGACUUAUUUAUUGCUCUCCAACUUGUCCAAAGACAACUCUGACUGUGCACACAGGUGACUAUUCUCCUGCUGGCCUUGUUACGGAGGUGCUACAAGUUCUGUGUGACCAAACAGAAUGUGCUAGAGAAUGUUUAUAUACUAGUGAAGUGACAGAUGCCCUACUUCAUCCUAUUCAUAAUGUACUUGAUGGAACAGAGAUCAAACAGAUGUAUAUAAGUUGCCCUGAGACCACAUUAAUGCAUAUAGCUGACAUUUUAGCAAGGAUUGCAAAUGUAGAAGAUGGUCUUUCUUUUCUUCUUUAUGGAGGAAAAGCAAAUUCUACCAAACAGGAUAGCCUUGCCGCAGUUCAUACAAUUGUUCAGUUUACAAAGGAACUUCUUGAUGACAACAUUUCUCUCUUUUCUGGAUCUGACCUGUUACCAGUCCUUAAAGGAGCUUUCAUUUUUGUAUGCCGUCAGAUAUACAGUACCUGUGAAGGUCUGCAGGUACUGAUUCCUUAUGGUUUGCAUGAAUCCAUUGCUGAGGCUUGGAAAAAGACAAGUUUGUUUGCAGAAAGAAUUCCAACUCCUGUAGCUAGUGCAGAUUUCCUUUCCUCGGUAAAUCAAGAGUCUCAGAAUAUUAUGGUAUGGGAAGAAACUUUGUUAGAUGAUUUGCUAAACUUUGCGUCUACUCCAAAAGGACUACUUCUGCUGCAGAAAACGGGCACCAUAAAUGAAUGUGCAAGCUUUAUGUUCAGCAGAUUGUCAAAAAAAUUCCAGGUGAAUGGAUGUGAACAAUUUGGUUAUGGAGUGAUUGUUACACAAAUGGCAGCAACAUCUCCAGGUGCGGUAGCUCUGGAGAGCUCAGGAUAUAUAAAAGCACUUUUAACAGAAUUGUGGGCUGUUCUGGAAUGUGGAAGGGAUGAUGUUAGGAUAAGUCGUCCAAAAUCUACUCCAGUAGAUCCCAUUGACCGGAGCUGCCAAAAGUCUUUUCUAGCUCUGGUAAACUUGCUAUCCUAUCCUGCUAUUUAUGAGCUCAUAGGUAACCAGGAUAUACCAAAUAAACCUGAAUAUUCUCUCCGUGAAAUUCCUACAAGUAUUAUAGAUAUCAUUGACAGACUUAUAAUUUUGAGUUCAGAAGCUAAAAUUCACUCUUUAUUCAAUUAUGAACAGUCUCAUAUCUUUGGUCUAAGAGAUUUUAUAAUUGAUGGUCUUUCUGUAGAGAGAAACCAUGUUCUCGUUAGGAUGAAUCUCAUUGGAGGACCACUGGAACGGAUUUUACCUCCAAGAAUACUAGAUAAGGGUAGUGAUCCAUAUCCCUGGCCAAUGUUUUCAUCAUAUCCUUUGCCAAGAUGCUACCUUAAAGAAAUUCCUAAGAAAACUGAUGUCAGACAAGAUAGUAAUCUCAACAAGUUGUUGUCAUCUUUAAAAAAUCCAGAUAAGCAGACAGGAUGGACAGAGAAUUGUAGAAAACAGUUUUGCAAAAUUAUGAAAUCCAAACCUGAUCUCAUCAGUGGAACCAUUUUGGCAGAAUUAAUUGAAAAGUUUGUGUUGCAUCUUUAUGAAAGCCCAUCAGAAUGUUACUUCAGCUCUGGAGUCAAUAAAGCUGCUGAUGCAAAUGUGAAGAAUGAAAGCCUUUUAUCUGUGCAGCAACUUGGCAUUAAAAUGACAGUCAGGUAUGGAAAAUAUUUAAAUUUAUUGAAAGACAACGCAGAAAAUGAUCUAUGUUUGGUGUUAAAGCAUUCUGAGAAAUUUCUAAAGGAGCAGAAAACAACUAUAAAGUCCUCACUUCGCCGUCUGCAGGGACAUUAUGCUGGCCAUGACUGGUUUGCAUCAUCUGUAUUCCUCAUAAUGUUAGGAGACAGAGAAAAAACAUUAACAUUUCUUCAGCAGUUCUCCCAUCUUCUCAUCUCAGCAUUUCUCUGGCUGCCAAGACUACAUAUGUCUAUACACCUAGCUAUUGAUACAGCAGAAUCUGGAAUCCAUCCAGUUUAUUUUUGCAGUGCUCACUACAUUGAGAUGUUGCUGAAGGCCGAGUUGCCACUUGUCUUUUCAGCUUUCCACAUGUCUGGUUUCACUCCAUCACAGAUUUGUCAGCAAUGGCUAACUCAGUGCUUCUGGAAUUACAUGGACUGGAGUGAGAUCUGUCAUUAUAUUGCCACAUGUAUUUUUCUGGGUCCUGAUUAUCAGAUAUAUAUGUGUAUAUCUGUGUUCAGACAUCUACAGCAAGAUAUUCUGCAGCACACCCAGACACAAGAUCUCCAGGUUUUUCUCAAAGAAGAACCACUCCAUGGAUUUCGAGUGGCUGAUUACUUAGAGUACAUGGAAAGUUUGGAGCCAAUCUACAGGCCAGUUCUCCUGGGAGAGAUGAGAAGCAUUAAAGUACAUAGCACAUAAAUCAAGUGAACAAGUGUUUUAUUCUCAAGUUUUAGUCAUGUUUUAAAGAGAUGCUGAUUGUUAUAUAUCAGUCUACAUAAAAAUUCAUGCUUUGUAAAUGUGCAUACUGUAAAAUCAAUAAUGAGGUUUUUCAGAAUAUAGGGGUUUUUUAUAAAUGGACAUCCUCCAGAUAAGAUGGCCUAAAAAUAACGUAUUUUUCCAGCCAGGCUAUAUAUUCAGCCUUGUUUUCAUUUUGCAGAAGAUUGCUUCAGAGUCUGCCCUCAGAUUGUUUAGGAGCCUUAAUUGUGUUAUCUGGAAACUGUUCUCAAACAUUUAAUUUUGGUCACCUCCUAUUUGCACCAUCCUACUUUUAAAACUUUUAAAUUCUGAACAGGUCUGGCACUAAACAGUGGAACUGAGAGUAAUCACUUGAGUGGCUUGUAUUUAUGUGAAUGAGCAAAGGCAGAGCAGCUUUCUGAUAUGCAGCUGAUCUGACCUUGCAGUUAAAACGAAAAGGAGAAAAAGGUAUGUGCAGUGCAGGUCAAUGCCCUGUAUCACUUGCAGAAUAAAGGACUGAUACUCUUAUCAGCCAUAUUGAUUUUUUAAAAUCCCUCUAAAGCAGAAAUGUAUAUUUUAUAAUUGUACAUGUAAUGUAUAGUCUCAGAAUGCCUAAAUGAACAAACAGCUACUAUGUUAUAUAUUGAUCAGGACAGUUAUUGUAUUAACUGGUUUGAUUCAUAUGUAUUACCAUUCUAUAAAAUAUUUUGCCAGUAAAAAGAAGGAUAGUUUUGACGUAAAAAUGCUGAAUACCUCUUUACCUGAACUGGAGUCAGCUGCAGGAAGUCUACCGAAGGGGUUGUAUUUGACACUAAGUUUUGAAAUUAUUGAUACAUAUAUGUUUUUAUACAUCAAUUGAUUACAAAAUACUGAAAUGUGCAUUUCAGUGCAUAUGAGCCUUGUUUUCCAACAAAAAAGUUUAAAAAUGGACAUAUCCAAACCAUUUGGUUAUAUAGCAUUUAUAGAAAAUGAAAGCCAAAAUAUAUUUUGAAAGCAAAUAUUUAUAGAUAUUUUCUUACUCUGAUUCUGUUUGUUGAUGACCUCAAACAGUUAAAUUAUUGACCUAAAAACUGCGGUUUAUAGGACUAAUUUUAUUACUGUAUUCCCUAUGGUGCUGCUAUAACACUAUAUAAAUCUAUAAAGAAAAUUCAGCAAGUACACUUGGUACACUGUACUCUACCCUAACUGCUAUGAUCUUAACAAAGGCCCCCUAAAGAUGGCUCAGAAGGCACACAGUCUACUUUCAAAAUGCAUUUUCCAAAGUUGUUUCCCAGUAAAUAUAAGGUUAUGUUUCAAUUUCUCUCUGUUAUAUUGGUGAAUUACUGCAUUUGGUGCAAAGAACCUUGUUAUACUUUAUUACUUUAAAAAAAAUUUGCAGCACAAUAAUUGAAAAAAACAGGAAAAAAGGCAAUAGUUUUAAAUUGCUUUUUGCCUUUCUUGAUUGGAAUCCGAGGAAAGAUGAAGCAGAUAAAUAUUUAUACUUCGGAACACUGAAUCCAACCUGUGCUCUGUGACCAAGUUUUAUCUCAUUAAAAGUCAUUUGACUACAUACACAAUUACUUGGUUGAUAACAAUGUUAAACUAUGCUAAUUCUUGCUAGUCUGUAUGAUCUUAAUUUUGUAUCGUAUUAUAUAUACUCCAGAUCUUUUGACUCAAAAACAGAUGUGAUUGGGGUUUUUUUGUUUUCCUUGAUUUUUAAAAUUGAAGUACCUUGUACUUUAAAUAACCUCAUAAAUAUUACUGAAGCUGUAUGAGCGAUCAUAUACAAAUUGUCCAUUAUGAGCUGCUACCAAUUUAAAAUAUCUCAACCUUGAAGACCAAAGGUUACUUGACAAGGGUUAUUUUGCAUGGAAUUGUAAAGCAAGGAAACAUUCUGUCCCAGUUGCUCAUAUCCAGGAUGCUGCCCAGCCACUGCAAGUAUCAGAAGAAAAAGAGCAUCGCUCAGCUGUUCCAGAGUUUGGGGGAAUUUGUAUAGACUGUCUAGCAACAGUCAGUGCUCCAGUCUUCUGGAAAUAGACUACUUAUAUGUCUGUACAGCAAAAUGAAGGUGUGAUUGUAUUUUGGGUAGGGGCACGCGUGCUAUCUUUAAUGUAGCUAGCCUGGAUAACUAUUGCAGUGAAAACUAGACACAGCAGAGAGACACUUUCAAGGGGUUAGCAACCAGAGUAGAUGCCCUCCAAGAACUCGAUUUGUGUAUUCUGCUCAAGUCUGUGUUUCUGCAUUUUAGCUACUUCUUAUCCAUAAUAUCUAGAUUAUAAAUAGAAUGGAUACAACUAGCCAAGCUAUAAUCAACCCGUUAUUUUGCAGCACAGACCCGCUCCACGUAGGUUACAUCCACAGUUUGCCUGAGGUUAGUGUCUCUUGUUUCUGUUCCUCCUCAUCUUCUUCAUUGAAAAAGACUGAAUUCAGUUAAGUUUUACCCCAGUGUGCUACAAGAGAAAUGGUUCUAAUUCUGUGCUUUUACUAGUAUACAUAUCUGCAAUGAACACCAAUUAGUAUUCACCAAUUUUUAAUAAAUAGUGAUAUCUAAGAAUAAUUUUUGUUUGUAGUUAAAACAAGACGUGAUUCCAAUUGGUAAAGGCUGACUUGUCAAAGACCAGGAAAUGAAUAAAUGUUUAUAAAAGAUGAACACUGAGUAGAUUUCUUUUUACUUUAUACAUUUGCAGGCAGAGACAAACAAUAAACUGACACUUUACAUUUCUAAAUUUAAUAUUAAACUCCAGAUUCAAUAUUUUGCAUUUUGUUCCAGUUUUCCUUCCUCUGCCAAACUACUUGUUAAAUUGUAAGUAGUGAUAUACUUUCUUUCUUAAACUUACUAGCCUCGCAAAAUUGUUCCCACCUUUUGCAGAACAAAGGAGGAAGGCAUGUGUGAUCUCUGCCACAGUCAUUUAUGUAACAUUGUAACUCCGAGCAUUUGUAUGUGUGUUCUUUUUCAUUAAAAAGAACU